CCUUUUUUUAUGUAGAUCCGCGACGAGGCUCCCACAUCGGACAUUCCACACAUCUGCAUCACAACUGUCAGUCGAAUUUUCUUAUUCAACAUGUCUAAAACACGGAUAAACAUCGCUAAUGGAAUCAUCUGCGCCAUUAUGAUUGGGUCAGGAACCGCAUUCAGCGUCUUGGUGUAUACGUUCUUUGACAAGAUUUUCCAGGUGACUCUCAAAAACCACGAAGGCUUCAACCAAUUUUCAGCGUAUGCGUCGUCCCCUUUAUGGUCCAUAGGCUUCGCUUUCAUCAUCCCUGGCCUCAUCGGCGCCAUAGCAUCAUUUGCACGCUGCAAGGGAGGGUACAUCACGCAGAUGGUAUUCUGUAUCCUGACGCUCGUCAUUACGGGAAUCAUCUUCGUUAUCUGUGUACUGGCAAUAGGCGCAUUGGAUGCGGCCGACUCCGAAACCUGCAAAACCGAUGGAAACAAUUGUGUGUGCAGCUCUCGAACCAAGCGAGGCUUCACUUGUGAAGACCUCAACGCCAUUAACGGCAUGGCUGUCGGCAUCAUUGUGAUGGUCGUGGUUGGCUGGAUAUCAACACUCGUCGCCACCAUUCUAGGCGGGAUGCUUACCUGCGGACGCUAGGAGUAGCAGCCAGGUUUUGUGAUUCAGCCCCAGCAUGGCGUAGUGGUAGGGAUGGGCACCAUCCCCCACACAACACUGGCAGCAGGCAUAUCCCCCACCACAGCCAUACUACAGACAACAGCAUGGGCAAAACGUGUAACUUUCCAACACAGGAUGGCUGUAAGCUCAGACAUGACUCAAUGACACUGAUUAUGAUUGUUGGAAACCGUCGCUCGCGAAGCAAUCUUUCAUUUCUACUGACAGUGUCGCUAAGAUCGCUUUAUCACUGCUGUCAUAUGUUGUUCCUUAUGCAUCGUAUUUUCAGGUUAUAGUUUGUGUCGUUUCUUAGCUAAUUGGUGUCAAACUCGCUAUAUGUUUACACAGAGAACCUGAAGUAGUUACCACUUCAUACGAUGUUACCAGUGUGUACUUGUUAUUGACGUAUACAUAUUUAUACCGGAGACAUACCACGAGACAUUUUUAACAUAUAGUACAGUUUUAGAAGAAGUUUAGAAGAAGUUUAUUUCAUGAAUGAAGGCCACAUGGCCCAGAGUUCAUUUACAGGAAUAAUAUUUACUAUGCACAAAUUUUCUUACAACAAACGUUCAUCUUUUUUUACAUUUGUAUUUACAUAGGUAAAUGUAUUUUUAAAUAUAUGGACAGGUUUUAAUAAUACAGUCAUUUCUGGUAGAUAGAAGACUGACAAAUUUUGGGACAGAUUGUUGCACAUGGUAACAUUUUGGAAUUAAAUUGUCUCUACUACUUUUAUAAAAAGGACAAAUUAACAAAAAAUGGUAUUCAUUUUCUAUUUCAUAGCGAUUACAUUUCAUUCAUAAACUAAACGAUGACUCUGUGGUUGUAUUAAAUCGAGUUUUCUAUACAUUUAGAUUAUGGCUUAGUAUAGUACAGUGUUAUUUUUCGAGAUUGGGAACGGUUUGGAAUUUUAUAAUAUAUAUGUAUGUAUGAAAGAUGACCCUUACAAAAACUGUUGCCGAGGUAACCUUACUUAAAUCCAGGUAACAGAGUCGGGUCCAAGGAAGGGGUGCACGUAAUACCCAAGUUACGAAGUAACUUAAAGGGCACAUGUAAGGCAUCUGAAAAGGUUGGUUUCCGCACCCUGCACCCCCUUUAGGUCCGCAAGUGGGUAAGGCCAUACUACAUUAAUAUAGAAAUCAUGCCCUCCCGCCUCCCAUCGUUUUACUGUCGCCAGGUACCUACUGAUGAAGACUAUAUGUCUUCCCUUCGUUUAUUACUUGAUAAAGGGGCGGUCGGGUAGCCUAGUGGUUAAAGCGUUCUCUCGUCACGACGAGGACUCGGGUUCGAUUCCCAACAUGGAUACAAGGUUUGAAGCACAUUUCUGGUGUCCCAGCCGUGAUAUUGCUGGAAUAUUGCUAAAAGC